AUGGCCGGAAGACCGGCUAGCGAAGGCCUUAUCCCAGUCGAGACUCUUGAACACCAUAUUAUAAGCCCCGUGAGCCCAUUGCAUACCUCUGAACGAGCCAGCACCAAUUCAGCACCCCUCUCGGACCCGAUUAGCCCACCUCCAGUCCCAUCAUACGACCGUACCCGACCCGAAGACGCACCGAUGCCUGUUAGCUCUCUUCUAAUGGAGAAGGAAUACCCGGGGCAACCUUCUUCUAAUGAGCCUCAACCGGCAUUUGCAGGUCAACGCUCGAUGAACUCGGCGCCUGAGAAGGCUUAUACCGGCCAGCCACCGCCCAACUAUGAGCAGCCACAACCGCAAGCAUACUAUACACCCGUUCACCCUAGUGGCUAUGCGUCCGCAGUGCCUUUGCAUGCACUUCGGCAGACUCCGGCUCCUGUUGAUUGUCCUGCUUGUGGACAACGAGAAAUGACAAGGACACAGGCUGUAUCGGGAUCGACUACCCAUGCCUUGGCUGCUUUACUUUGCUUCUGUUGCUGCCUCGGAUGUAUUCCAUACAUCAUUUCGGGCCUUAAAGAUGUCGACCACUCUUGUGGAAAGUGUGGUGUUAAACUUGCAUGCUGGCAUAAUAGUGGGCGUGUUGAGAUGUUUCAAAACGGACGGGCCUCAGCAGUCUAA